AUGCUGCCUAUCGUCCUUCUCGGAAUUCGCGCCGCCUGGAAAGAAGACCUCGGCGCAACUCCUGCCGACCUCGUCUUCAGUGAACCGCUCCGACUACCGGGGGAAUUUCUUGCUUCCUCGCUACCACGCGGGCUACCGCCUACCAAUAUCGCCGAUCAUCUGAGGAAUCACUUCGCCGAUCUCGCUCUUCAACCCGUCGCCCGUCAUGGCCAGAGGAAGAUUUUCGUCUUUAAGGAGCUCGCAAACUGCUCACACGUCCUCGUUCGUCGCGAUGCUCCCCAUCACGCCUUCACGUCCCCAUACGAGGGGCCACACCAAAGGCGAAACUACUCCAUCGAGCGUCUCAAACCCGUUUUCUCGCUCCCAGACGACGAGCACAACAAUGACGACGAAGCUAACAACGAUUCCGACGACAGCAAUACGACGAUGACUGCACCACCUUCACCGGAGUCACCGCAACCGGGAACAUCUCGACGUUCGUCAUCUUAUUGCCCAGCUGACACCGGCUCAUCAACGUCAUCAAUUCAAAAGCACGUCAGAUUCGCUAAAAGAUAUCAGCUGUUCUCAGCAAAUUGA